ACGACACAUCACUAUUGUGGGCUCGGCGCGUAUGUUUCCAUCAUGGCGGCGUCAAUUUCGGGAUACACUUUUAGUUCUGUGUGUUAUCAUAGUGCCAACAGCAAUUCCGACCACGAGGGCUUCCUGCUGGGAGAAGUGAGACAGGAGGAGACUUUAAGCAUCAGUGACUCACACAUCGGUAGCGCAGAAUUCCUCAGUGUAAUAGAGGUCCAUAAUCACGAACCUUGUGCACAACUGUUUAGCUUUUAUGACUAUGCAGGUAAUGUCAAUGAAGAAAAUCUCAACAGAAUCCUCAAGGACAGAAGAAAAAAUGUCAUCGGCUGGUACCGGUUUCGAAGGAACACUCAACAGCAGAUGUCAUUCAGGGAGCAGGUGAUCCACAAGCAGCUGACCCAUAUACUUGGCAUCCCAGAUCUGGUCUUCCUCCUCUUCAGCUUCAUCUCCACAGCCAAUAGUUCCACACAUGCUUUGGAGUAUGUGCUCUUCAGGCCCAACAGAAAUUUGGAUCUUUAUAUCAGCAGGUAUAACCAGAGGAUAUCUUUAAGCAUCCCAAACCUGGGCAACACCAGUCAACAGGAAUAUAAAGUCUCAUCUGUGCCGAACACCUCCAAGAACUACGCAAGUGUCAUUAAAGAACAUGGGACUGAGUUCUUUGAUAAGGAUGGGGUGAUGAAAGAUAUUCGAGCUAUUUUUCAAGUAUACAGUGCCCUUCAAGAAAGAGUGCAGGCAGUGUGUUGUGAAGUGGAUCAGAGUGAACGAGUGAGGGAGAAAAUCCAAGAAGAAGUGAACAAACUCAAAGAGGAAAUCGCUCUCCGGAAACGUAACAGCGCUGAAGAAGAGAGAAGUAUGUACUGAUGAUUCUGCGCAUUUAAUGCUUGUUUAACA